AUGAAAGGUGAUCAUGUGAACCCUAAAAGGGUUCUUGAAGAAGCAUACAAAAACACAAAUUCAAAAGGAUCGUCCACAACUUGUAUUAUAACUCUUAACUCGGUGAAAAAUACUAUAGUUGCUGCUAAUGUUGGUGAUAGUGGAUUUUUACUAAUCAGAAAAGGAAAAAUUACAUACAAGUCGCCAAUACAACAACGAGGAUUUGGAUGUCCGUAUCAAUUGGGAAACUGCAAUUCAGAUAAUCCUAGUGUUGCUCAGGAGAUGGAAUUAAACAUUGAGAAAGAUGAUAUUUUAAUGGUUGGGACGGAUGAGAUGCUUGAUAAUAUAUUUGAAAGUGAGAUAGAGGAACUGGUUGAAAGAGCAAUAGACCAGAAGUUGAAGGCAGAGGAGUUGGCUAGUCAAAUUGGGAACAUUGAUUUGUAUAAUUCAUUUGAUAGAUUUGCAGAUACACCAUAUGCUAGAGCAUCUGAGGGACGACAUAAAGGAGGAAAAAUUGAUGAUAUUACUGUUGUUGUUGCUUAUAUACAAUAA